AUGCAAUAUUCAACUUUAUUUACAGUUGCUGCUACUUUAGUAUCAUCAUCAUUAGCUACUACUUCAUUUGAAUGGGAAACUAUUUAUGAAAGUCAUACAACUGAAGUUACAAUUACUUCUUGUUCAGAAAAUAAAUGUGAAACAACUGUCAAUAAAGUAAGUCCAUCAGUUGCAACAACAACUGUUGAAGGUAUUGAAACUGUAUAUACUACUUAUUGUCCAUUAACUGAAGAAGAAGAAGUAUCAUUAACCUCCUCAACUCCAGUUGAAAUUCCAACUUCUUCAUCAAUUGCUGGUGUUGCUUCUACUUUAUCUACUAUCGUUACUACAAUUGAAGGUGUUGAAACUAUAUAUACAACUUAUUGUCCUUUAACUGCAGAAUCAUCACCAAUUAAAGCUGAUGUUUCAACUCCAAUUGCUACUGCUCCAAUUGCUUCAUCUCCAGUUGCUUCAGCUUCUGCUCCAAUUGCUGAAAUUCCAAGUUCAAGUUCAAUUGCUGGUGUUGCAACUACUCCAUCAACUCCAUCAACUCCAAUAGCUCCAAUUGAAUCACCAGAAUCAAGUUCAGAAUCAGAUAUUUAUGUUGAUAUAACAAUAACUCCAACUGUAUCAACAACUGAAAAUGUUGAAGCUACUGAAACUAGUCAAUUAACAUUAUUUACUUCAUCAUUAGCUGCUUCAAAUAGUUCUCAAGCUGGUGUACAAACUUAUGAAGGUUCUGGUUCAAAAUUAAUGGUUGGUAGUGGAUUUGCUGCUAUUGCUGGUUUAGCUGCUGCUGCUUUAGUAUGA